AUGCCAACCAUCGCCCUCCUCGGCACCUGCGACACCAAACUUUCCGAACUCCUCUUCCUCCGCUCUCAAAUCCUCCUCCACCCCUCCACCACCGUCCUCCUCAUCGACGUCGGCCGCCACCCGGUCUCUCACCCUUCCAUCACCUUUGGGCCCCCCGACCUGCUUUCCCACUAUGCCAAAGAAGGAAUGGACAUGCAAUCCCUCCAAUCCCUUCCCCGGAACCAGCUGGUAGAACUCAUGUCCCGGCUGUGCACAUGCCAUAUCCAAUCCCUCUUUUCUCGUCAACAAAUCCAUGGCAUUGUGUCCUUGGGCGGAUCUAACGCCACCUCCCUCGCGGCCCCCAUCAUGAGAAAUGCGCUGCCGAUUGGGUUUCCCAAGUUGAUGGUAUCGACAGUGGCGAGCGGGGAUACGGGCCCUUAUGUGGGCGAGACGGAUAUCACCAUGAUGUAUAGUGUUGUGGACGUGGCGGGGCUGAAUGAGGUUUUGCGGGGGGUGUUGGGGAAUGCGGCGGGGGCGGUGGUGGGCAUGGCUAAUGCGUACUAUGAAAGGAGGAUGAGGAGGAUACGGGAAGGGGACAUGGAGGCAAAGAAAGAACAUAACAAAAAGGCGAGAGUAGGAAUCACCAUGUUCGGCGUUACUACCCCCUCCGUCGACGCCAUCCGUCAGUAUCUCGAAUCCAAAUACCCCGGCGUCAUCGAAACGAUGGUGUUCCAUGCCACAGGCCAUGGCGGGAAAGCAAUGGAACGAUUGGUGCGGGCCGGAGAGCUGGACGCGGUGAUUGACCUGACCACAACCGAGUUGGCGGACGAGCUGGUGGGAGGGGUGAUGAGUGCCGGGCCAGACCGGAUGCGGGCGGCGGUUGGGAAGGGGAUUCCGUACAUUGUUUCGUUGGGGGCGCUGGAUAUGGUCAAUUUCGGGCCGCCCGGGACGGUGCCGGAGAGGUUUCGUAGCAAGGAUGCUAAUGAAAGAAAGCUUUAUGAGCAUAACCCUGCGGUUACGCUUUUGAGGACGUCGGUGGAGGAGUGCAGGGAGAUUGGGAGGCGGAUGUGUGAGAGGCUGUUAGAGGGCGGAGAUGCGAGCAAGAUCCAGGUGUGGAUUCCGAAGGGCGGGUUGAGCAUGUUGUCUGUAGCGGGCGCGCCGUUUGAGGACAGAGAUGCUGACGAGGCGCUUUUUGAGACUGUUCGCGAGGGUCUCAAGGGCAGUGGCAUUCUAGUCAAGGAUGACGAGAGGCAUGUCAAUGAUAUAGGCUUUGCUCAUGACGUCGCGGAGGCAAUGGCAAAGCUCCUGGGGCUAUCAAAUGGCCAACAAAUUUAG